AUGGAUGUUCGCGAGGUGACGUUUAUGAACUACCUUUGCGAUGUAGUUAAGAAGAAAACUCCCUCGUUACCAUGGAACGAUGUGUCGAAGGAAUUCCUUAUUUUUUUCAAGGAUUUUGUGGAGCGAACAGAAGAUGAUUUUGAAAAGCUCUCUGGCAAAGUGCAAGAUUUGAGAGAGGAAUGGGAGAUUACGAGAAUCUACCACUUUAUCGUCGAGAAAGUGAUGGCGUUUGACAGCUUUCCUUUCACCUGGCGAAGGUUCUGUGAACUGCUAUACGAUCCGUUAAAAAACUAUAAGAAAAUGCUGCCGUUCAUGCAUGCCUUGGAGCGCGUUAUCAACGUGCGGACUACCAGCGGCCCACAUUGGUCACCAUCAGAGGACAACUUCUUCAGCGAAUUUAUCUUCUUAGAGGUUGAUGGCGAUUUUGGUGAAAAAUUUGACAUGUCGGACUUGAUGAAAGGCAGCGUUGUCGCCGAUGUAGCCAGAUUUUAUCCAGUCCAUUUAACAAAGAAUAGUCAUGGUUACAACUACUCAUACUCGAGUUUUCUUUCUCCAACCUAUCUACGCCACAUUUUGUGUCAUUAUUUGAUGCAAUCAUGCUCACAGAUGAGUAUGAUGAUUACAGAUGAGCCAUACAUGGGUUCCAUGUCAGAGACUUCUGAUGACGAGUCAGCUGAUGCUGCAGUUCCUGAGGACAACAACGCAGUUUGCGAUCCGAGUUUAUGUGAAAUGGGCAAUGAACUCCAUCAUGGCGAUCCCUUCCAAGAGAACAAUAUCGUUAGCUCUUUACAUUGUGGAAACGAUAACUUUUACAAGGAUUUUUUUUUCGUGCCUUUGAGUGAAAUAUGCGCAGAGAGUACGGUAGAGAUUGUAAGCGAGGAAUAUGUCGAUGCGUAG